AUGACUUCACCGUCGAAGGAAGAGGAGGUGUGUCGGAAGGUGGUGGGUGCCCUCACGGAAGUCCUUGCUAUCUCGGAUCUUCAAGCUGUGGCGCAAGGGAUGCUGCACCCUAUUCAAUCCUCUGCUUCGACAAAACUCGCCUCAUUAGAGGAAACACUUUUGCAGAACAGCCGUCUGGCACGCGAGCACGCUGCGAUACUGCGAGACAAGCUCAGGGCUGGAUUCCCUUCCCCCAGUGCAAGCGGCGUUACCGGUUGCGAUCCCUCUGUCCUUCCUAAAAUAAUUGACCUCUCCAUGUUUGUUGAAAAAUCUCGGCUUUUGCAGGAACGAAUACAACGUGUGUUUUCCACCUUCGGCAGCCUACGGAAUGUUCGUCUGCUAAGUGAGGCCUCUACUGGACGGUACCUUCUCACAGAGCGCGCCUCCGUGGCUGCGACCGAGCUGCUAGGCGUUCUCCUCUCUUUAGGGGCAACGAUUGAGGGAGCCCCAUUACAGAUUGAGGCUGAACGCAACACCGCCCGUUCACGGUAUGUUGUACUUAACCCGCACUGGUCUUCCAGGCCUUUAGACAUGGGAGCGAAGAAAUUUGUUCACGCAGCGACGAGCAUGGUGGUUGUGGAUGAGGUGCAUAGAGACACCCCAUCAAAGCUCACAUCAAUUGUAAAAAGACAGCACAACGGAGAAACAGAUGACACUCAACAGGACGUGGAAGGCACCCCAUUGCACCUCGCGGGGGGAAAAAAUAACGAGGUAGAAGACCAAAAGAACGACGAGGAAAGUACAAUAGCCAACAGAUGUUGUGAGCAAAAACAGGCCUUACUUCUUCAAGAAGAGAAGGAAGGAUCUAACACUAUUGAAAAUCUUCAAAAGUCCUCAAUAAACAACGCUCUCUCCUCCACCUCUUGCCACUCCGCUACUUUUUCAUCCAGGCAUGUCGGUACGACGGUGCAGUCGUCGUUAUUAAAGCGGUGCAACGAGACACGUGCAUCAUCCAUGUCCCGAAAGUUCAAGGAAGUAGCAGCGAAGCAUGCGGAUUCCCUGGAAUCAAUGGCAUUGGCCCACCAUGUCUCAUUGGAAGAACUGUGCAUCAUUAAUGCCCACUUACUUGCCUAUAAACAUAAACCAUUACCGUUUAACACGACUGUGCGUAUUCCUACUGGAAAAGGAGAUUCCAAUGCACUGGUGCCAACUUGUGUAGUUGCACACAGCCGAAUAUUCCAGGGAGAACUCUGGCGCGAACUUUUGCGCAAGGAAGAUGCGGUUUCCCCCCCAAGGUGGAAAGAUCUUUUUAUACAAGAAGUAGGGGCACUGUUUGGAAUCCCACAUCAGUGGGUGUCCGAUGUUCAGUUAGUGAACGAUAGGUUGACAUUGCUGACUGGUGGAGAUCAGGAGGUGGCGUUCAAGGUGCGCCUUCCGUUAUCGCUUGAGGAAGAUGAAGUCCGUAAAAGGAUUCAACAACACGAAUUUAUGAGCAUGCUGCUUCUCUACGAAGAGCUCCAAAAGGAGAAGGAGGAAUGCGAGGAGGAGGAGGCAAGGAAAAUAGUAGAAAAUGGCGCGAACUCCAGCACUUCGUUGGCAAGCUUGGACAGCUCUGGAUCCAGGUCUCUCUCCGACUCUGCAGAUACUGCCGCCCCAAAUAGUGAUACAGAUAGUGGUGGUAAUCGUGGUGGAAUCACUGAUGUCGAUAGUUUACCUAGUUGCAGCAACAACGGAAUCUUGCGGGAAGCCAUCACCGCUUUGAUGGUCACUGAGACACUGUCACGAGAUUCCCUGGUCAUUCAGGAAAGGUAUGGGCGCAAAAUAGCCAUGCGUGCGUUACCACAAGGUCAACCAUUGCCUCUAGAGCAGCGGCACGGCGCAGCAAAACCGUCUCAUGCGGAGUCGCAACUGCACCGCAAGCAAAUAGAAGAAAAUAAGCCUCCAUGUGAGGCUAGUGACGUAUCAGGGAAAGAUGUUCCUUGUAAGCAUCUUGACGCAGGUCUGCCGUGUGAGUUACCGCCUUUGUCCCCGCGGACCGCCACACUUCCACGUUCAGACCCCAUCUCUGCAGCAACGCCGGAGCGGAGAAAGACGGGAGUAUCUUCACUGGUGUGGUCUACGACGACGCCAUCGCCUGUGAGGACUGGCGGCGAGAUCUGCGCUGCGGAGCACCAAGACGGAGAUACAUUCCGUAAUUUUAAUUUCUUACCAAACCCAAAGUUGACGGAUAAUUUGGAACCGGGGACUGCCUUGGGUCCUAAAAAGACAUUGGAAGCAACCGUGCAGUGGUUUCACACCUCUCAUGAAAAGUGCAUUAGCGGAGAGCGAUGGGAUAUUGUUCUAGCAAAGGAAGAAGAGCAGCUGCGUUGUACUUUUACAUUAGAACUAGCCGCUUUGUUUGACCUUCCCGAAGAGAAUGUGCAGGCACUGAAGUUUGAACUGGGUAGUCUUCAUGCCACCUUUGAGCUUAUGCAUGAUCGUUACUUAGAGGAGUCAGCGAUUAACGCGCUUCUAAGUGUUUUUGACUUUCCGAAGGUCCGCAGUCUUUAUCAUCGUUGCAUUGAGGCCAUCGACGCGUCUCCUUCACGCAACGGUGAUAGCGUGACUGGAGAUGGCAGCGAGCUGGGAAGCAUCGGGUCGCCUGAUGUGCGAUGCCAGGCCUCUUCAACAGGUGGUGUAACAGGUAUAAUCACAAGGUGUAUUCUCAAUGAACGCACAGGUGGGACUGUGCGUGGAAUUGCAGGUGAAAAAUGCCUAAUUUCCACUGCAUUGCUGAAGCAUCCUUUGUGUUCAUCGAAUAGUUUGUCGCUGGAAAACUCAGCUACUCCCGACAAUGAGCCCGAUACAUUGGCUCAUCUGGCGCUUGUACAUGAUUUACCUAUCGAGGCCAUCCAGCGGGCGAACCCACAUCUCGCGACCUUGGGCGCCAACGAUGUACUUCCUUUCUCAACGGAGGUUGUAAUUCCGCGGUCCGCAUCAGACGAUGAUGCUUGCAGUUUCAAGGAGGACGCUGUGGAGCGCAAUGUGCGUGGCACAGCCCCAUCCUUGGAGAGCCAAGCGCCCCAAGGGAUCAGCAUCACCCGUGCAGAAGACAUUGCUGGUUUGCAGCUGCCUAUGGGGGAGAAAAGUGCUGAGAGGAAUCUUGGAGUGGGUGCGCAGGCAUUGGGGCAGCGAAACUCGCCGUCUGAAUCAUGCGGAGGUACAGUUCCGCUUUUACGGAGUUCUCCCACCAAUGUAUCUGUCCAGUCAAUAGCAGCCGCGGAUUCACUGGGUGUUGCUUCUUCUGCACGUGGCAGUAAACGGAGCCCCGCUAUGCCACGUGUCGUGCGCGAUCUAAGACCCACGACGGGUACUGGUUCAGGGAAUGCUAUGGGAAAGAAGGGUGUAGGAUUGGGUUUAGAAGGUCCUUCACAGGAGCAGCCUGCUUGGAAGACUGUAAUGAAGAAGAAGCAGGUGCCAGCAGUGGGUGCCGAGAAACGAGAAUUUUCUCCACAGUCCCAGGAGUCUGUGCCAUUAACGCGGGUUAUUACAGAGCGCUCUCUUGGGCGACCUCAGAACCAUACACCUUACCUGAGUGAUUCCUUUCAAUUUAUCAUGACGCAGUUAUCUUCCACAAUGAAGAACGCCGCUGCUCGAAGUGCUAACGCGGUAUUGAUGCUACAACCGGUCGAACGGUUUGUACUUCUUCAUUUUUUUGCCAAGUGGCAGCACAUUGCGCAAAUACGUAAAGCGCCACAUGCGCCGCUGGCUGUGCAGGGAGUGCCAGUGAAUGGGAGCCAGGCGAAAAACCUGAAUGGGCGAAAGCCGCUUAAUUUAUUAUUUCAGAGAAAGAAUCCAGAUGGGGUGUUGACUUCAAAGCGUGCUUUGUCACCUAAAACGGAGGCAGAGCGUGGUAACAAAGCAGGAUUCAUUGUUAAAACAAUGGAGGCCAUUGCACGGACUGCGAAUGGAAGUGCUUUGGCUCGAGAGACCAAGCACGUCAUUUCACCUGGAGUAGCAGUCACGUCCUCAUUGCAGCAAUACACGAAGGAAGGAGUUUCUGGGACCCGCAAACCUUACGUGCCUGGGCUUACGAUGAUAGCUGAAGGCAACCAAAUUCAGCAAUUGCCGCUUCACUCCUCUUCUGACAAUGAGCUAAAGCCUUCCCCCACGCACGGUGUUGAGUGCGGUACUCCACGUCUUAGUUUUGGUGUGAUGGGCAGUGACCAAUCUCGUUCUUGUGGGUCAUCUCCUGAUAUGGAGGUCAAUGGUGCGUCUGAUUUUGCGAUGACCGAGCGUUUUUCCUUGGGGAUUUAUUUUUCGUCGUUUCUGACGGUUAUUGAGGUGCAUGGAGAGGCGGCAGCAGCUGGGAUCGAGCGCGGUGACCAGCUGCAGGAAAUAGAGGGAAUUCAAGUGCGAAAGUUGAAAGACCUACGAAGGGUGCUGGCGUCCGUGGGCGGAACACAUUUUUGUAUGCGGUUUCAAAAGAAGGGCAGUAUGUCUUCUACAGAAGUCCGUCUUCGGCGAAGUUGGAGGGGCGUAAUUGGGAGUGAAGCAAGCUCGUCGAGGAGCACAUCUCCUUCAGAGCCUAGAAUUGCCCCCAUGUUUGAAGGUGCGAGGAGUGGUUCUCAUGGUCUUCGCUACGCCUCUGGGGCGCGGUGA